CUCUUGUUUUGUUAUCGCUUUCAAACUUGUCACCUUUUUCAUCUCUUUUGUUUCGUGGUUCGUCGUUCGUCCAAAAUACGAAGAGCGUGCAAUCGUGCAAGGUAGUGAAGAAAAAUCGGCUCUUAAAGUUGGGUGACAUUAUGGGAGGCGGUCACGAUCAUCACCAUGGGCCACCGUACAAAGUGCCGGAUGCCUCCAUCUACAAGAUAGCGGACGCACCGGAACUGCAAGAAACGGAACGCGCUCUUGCGCGUCGCGGUCUGAAGGACCCUUGGCUGCGAAACGAAGUGUGGCGUUACAAUGUGAAAGAGUUUUCUACUCACCGGACCCGGCUGAUGAAGUUUCUGUUCAAGGGAUUCCCGCUGGGCUUUGCUGCCUUUGUAGCGACGAUUGGCGUGGAGUAUGCCUUAGGCGUAGAUUAUCACGGACAUGGUUCACACGACGCUCACGGCAGCGACGGAGACCACGGUCAUCAUUAAUUUGAUUGUCGUGUUUCGGAAGAAACACUAAACGGAACUUUCUUGUCACAUUAACAGUAAAUAAAGCCAAUAAUUUGGAAAUGUUUAAUGCUAGCAAAUAGGGAA